AUGCAGCUCAUUAUUGUCGCCAUGUUCCUGGCUGGACUGACCAGCGCAAUGGACAUCGAGAAGCGUCACGCCAAGAGCUCUUCGGAGAUGUACUAUGAGGCCGUCAACGACGACUUGGCUCGCUAUACAAUCCUCGCACUCGGCUGUGCCGCUACCGCAUACUAUGUAUGGCACCUUUGGUUCCGCUUCUCGGCCCAUCUGCGCCGUCUGGCCAGCUUCAGCGAUGAUAGACAACGGUACUUCGUGUCUGCUCACGGUACCUUCUCCUGGGUUAAGGAGCACAUCAUCUACGCAGCACUGUUCCGUACCCGCCACAACCAGGAAAUGCAGCUCUCCUCGGCUAUCAACAUGGGUACCCUGCCCAGUCGUUUCCAUGCAUUCCUUGUCACCGGUAUUGUCGCCAUGAACGUCGCACUUUGCUGCGUUACCACCCCUUAUGGCUCAGAGGAAGACACCGUUGCCGGUGUCGUGCGUAACCGUACCGGUACUAUGGCCACCAUUAACAUGAUUCCUCUGAUCAUCAUGGCAGGCCGUAACAACCCUCUGAUUGCUAUGCUCCACGUGCCCUUUGACACAUGGAAUCUGCUGCACAGAUGGCUCGGCCGCAUAGUAGUCCUGGAGGCUCUCGCCCAUGUCUUCGCCUGGGCAAUCCCCAAGGGUCAAGAGAAGGGCUGGAAAGUCGUCGCUAUGGCCAUUACCGGAAGCAGCUUCUUGUUCACCGGCCUGGUAGCAGCCAUCGCCUUUGCCGCUCUCUUGGUGCACUCGCCCUCGCCCAUCCGCCACGCCUUCUACGAGACAUUUCUGCACCUCCACUUCGCCAUCGCAGCCGUCUCCAUCGGCUUCCUCUGGGUUCACCUGAACGGUCUCGCCGCGCAGACCUACCUCCUUGCAGCCGUCAUCCUCUGGGCCCUAGAGCGCGCUACCCGCCUGCUCAUCAUCCUCUACCGAAACAUCGGCCGCGAAUCAACAACCGCAACCAUCGAGGCCAUGCCCGGCGACGCAAUGCGCAUCACCCUGCGCGUAGCCCGCCCCUGGACCUUCCGCCCAGGCCAGCACAUCUACCUCUACAUUCCUUCAGUGGGAUGGUGGACCUCGCACCCCUUCUCCGUCGGCUGGAGCGACACAGAAGACAACAUGUUGGACGAAAAGUCCCUCCCACUUAACCGCCAAGACAUCCUCAACGCGCCCCACAAAGAAACAAUCUCCCUCCUCGUCCGUCGCCGCACAGGAAUGACAGACAAGCUCUUCCAGCGCGCCACAAACUCAAUGGGCACACCCCUGACAGUCCGCGCCUUCGCCGAAGGCCCAUACGGAAAUAUCCACACUAUGGAUUCCUACGGUACAGUCAUGCUCUUCGCCGGCGGCGUAGGCAUAACCCACCACGUCCCCUUCGUCCGCCACCUCGUCGCCGGCUUCGCGGAGGGAACUGUUGCCGCGCGCCGCGUCACCCUCGUCUGGAUCAUCCAGUCGCCUGAACACCUGGAGUGGAUCAGGCCUUGGAUGACGAAGAUCCUGGCUAUGGAUCGGCGUCGGGAAGUCCUGCGUAUUAUGCUGUUCGUUACCAGACCGCGUAACACGAAGGAGAUUCAAAGCCCUUCUGCUACUGUGCAGAUGUUCCCUGGUCGUCCUAAUAUUGACACGCUUAUUGGGAUGGAGGUUGAGAAUCAGGUUGGCGCUAUGGGUGUGCUUGUGUGUGGUAAUGGUGGGUUGAGUGAUGAUGUGAGGAAGGUUUGUCGGAGACGACAGGCUAAGUCCAAUGUUGAUUAUGUCGAGGAGAGUUUCACUUGGUAA